CCCGCGGACUCCGCAAGGAAGCUCAUGGCUAUUACAGCUCUCUAUGUCAGAGUUAAGCAGACUGACGCAGGGAUACUUCUCCCAUUUCCACCCCUCCUGCCUGAUAUUGGAUGAGGGUCACUUCUACGGAUUUCAUCUGAACCAUGCGAUGCGAACCAGUUUCGCUGAGAGCCUGGACGCUUGCUUAGUGGUAUUGAUCUGCGCCCUGGGUGCUGUUGCCUCUCGCUUCUUAGAUAGCCUUGAUUGGCCAGGUGAGAACGAUGAAAAUGCUGGUCUGUCAUUUUUCAAUGUUGCUCAAGAAAUGCUUCUCCAUGUCGAAGGUCCAGAUUGGGCCAGUGUUCAGCUCUUCUUCUCUUCCAAACUUAGGGUCUACGAUGCUUGGAGAUUUAUUCACCGCGCGUGUAGCAAGAUCAGCUGGAAGCACACCAAGCCCAGCUUUUUUGGAUUGCAUAUCUUCAGGAGAGAUAUUUCUCAGACUAAAGGCGUCUCAAGUCAACUGCUUGCAGAAUUUGAUUUUCCACCUAGCGGCCUUGGAAAACUUGCAGGUUCUGUCGCUCUGCCGCUGGUUCCUGAUGCGGGCACAGACCCCCACCACGCCAAGUACCAGUUCUUCUUUCUUGCCCUUAUUUCAAUGAGAAAGCUUCUAAAUCGAGUACUUUAUCAUGUUUACAAGCAGGACCAGCGAUAUGAUGAAGCCCCUCAUCCCACCAGCUCUCCGAGUGACGAACGCUUCAGCACGGUGUUCUCUGCCAAUGAACGAAUAAUUGAAGAGUUAGAUAGACAGCUAGAGGAGUGGAGAAAUUGCCUUCCUGCUGGCCUCAACUUCUCUUCAUAUUCACCUUCCCAAGAGCCCCCUCCGCUAACGGAGCCUCGCGAGCCGAGAUCAAUUGACGACAGACUCCGCGGCCACCUCCUGGCCCGUUAUUAUGUUGCCAAAUCUAUCCUACAUCGCCCUUUUCUUUAUCGAGUGCUUCAUUUUGAGCACAACGCUACUUUGAUUACUGACAACGACCGUCUUGGUGCCACCGUGGCUAUUCACUCAGCAUUUUUAUCAACUCUACACAGUGGGCUAUUCCACGAGCCACUACCGCUGCUUCUGCAUCCGAUCAACUCGUGGAGGAGUAUGUUUGCACUUGAGCUACAAGUCGCCUUCUGCAGGCAUCAAGACCCUCAUCAUUUUGCGUUGCCGAAGAAUUAUGAGAGUAUUCGCCAAAUUCGUGAGCAAUUGUCAUCUAGUUCAGCUCAUUCUUGUCCUACUUUGAAUAGAGACGAGGAAAUUCUUCGUCUCCUUGAG